AUGACACGCAGAAAGAGAUCGAGUUUCAAAGGAGCGGUCCUCGGCGACUUUGCGCUUUUUGGUUGCUUCCGGACACGUGCAAACAAGGUCGCGAUCAUGUCUCAAGUUGAGAUCCAUUGUGCUUUGUUGCAAAUGUUUAAGGGUUGUUCACAGAUCACUUCAAAGAAAAUGGACACAUUUCGAAGAGCCUAAUCAGGUUGAGCUCGGCCUGAGCCACGGCUCAAAGGGCUUGCAGAAGCUCUCAACCACUUCAGAACUGCGGGUCAAUCGGAGAAACAACUGAUCGUGAGAAAUAUCACGUUGGCGCAGAAUUUCCUUAGACCGUAGGGGCUACGUUUAAUGUGCUCAAUAUUGCUCAUGUUAUGAAAUUUAAUUUAAACUUGGCAAAAGAUUUAAUUUUUUUAUAUCAAAAAAAGAUACGCCUGAGAUUGGAUCGAAAUCUUUUUAGCCUUAAAAAGAUUUUCAUCUGUUUGAGUUGAAUAGGUCAAUACUUAGAAAAAGUGAACCAAAAAAUGCUCGAAUUUCAUCAGAUCUUCAACAACACUCUAGUAAAGGUUUUCUUGUUGAACGGAACGGAUGAACGGUUCAAAUUUAGAACUUGAGAACCGUGAGAGCAGAUAAUUUGCUGAAAUGUGAACAUGAGCAGAAAAAAUGCAAAAAUAUUAUCGAAAAGAUUUUAGAAAGAUUGUUUUUCUUGUAGAUUAAUAGAAGCUUCAUCAUAAAUUUUGGAAACAGAGAUUAAGGGCUGAACUGUGAACUUGAGAUGGAGGAAAAGUAGCUCAACUGCUAAUACUAAUUUCCACUGUGGGAAAAAUCUUCACAUGUUGAUCAUGCUCUUACUCGUCGAGUUUCAGAGCUGAAAGCAGCAAAAUUUCGGGAACCUUGUUAAAAGGUUUGGAAAGAAGGCCUUCGUAGAUAGUUAUUAAUACUCAUACGUCACUAGCGGCUAAUGAUCCUGAGAAAAGUCAUGUCUACGGUUGGAGCACCUGGUAGGUAACAAAGACGGCGUCGAACUUGUGAUUACCGGAACUGAUUUCCAAACAAUCUGAGAGUUCUCCGGAACUUCCAGACUGGAAGUCCAUUAUGGGACGACCCCGAGGACGAGGUCGUCGAUCGGUGAAGGAGCGCUCGCGGCCGGAGUUGGAGGGCCUGGCGGAUACAGUAAAUGCGGCGGCUGCCGAAGGCGCAAGUCAAACAGUCGCGCAAUACUCGAGUGCUUGUAUCUCGACGACGUCGAGUCGUGUGUGCUUGUAG